GUUGAUGGAAUAAAAUUUUUGUUACUUUUUCUAAAAUGAAUUAGAGAUUGUCUAGCAUAGGUCGGGCGCGAGAUGAAGUUCCCCUGGAUCUUAGCUCCAACAGUAAUAAUUAAAAUAAUUUCGACUUCGAAUCUUGGAUCCCAUUUUUUGAUUGCCUCCUCAACUCUUCCUUUCUUCCCCUAAAAUCGAAAUCCCAAGAAAUCCUUUCAUCUUUUUCUCACUGCUGAUGCCAAGCCAUUCAUUGCAUUGAAGAAUUUUGAUUGUAUUUUAAGAACACCUUCUUUUCCCUCUUCCCUCUUCCCUCUUCCACCCUCAACUAUGGCUUCCUUAACCUCUCUCAAAAGAUCCUCACCCUCCAUCCUCCAUCUCUCCUCCAUCCAUCAACGCCUCCAAAUCCGCCAAUUCUCGUCGCUGCCGCUCAUCAACGCUUCAAACAUCCAGUCUAAUAACAAAAAGGAUUCCAUUGCCAGCUCCUUCCUCAAAUGGAUCGCGGUCGGUUCGAGUUUCGGCUUGGUUUGCUGGUACUCGUUUUCAGCUUCGGAUCGGAGUACUGGUUUUUUUAAUGAGCAGUUUUUGUCUUUCGCUGAUUGGUCAACGGAAACUGCUGAAUCCGCCGUUGAUGGCUCGAAGAACUCAUUUCGUAAACUAGCGCUCCCUGAUUAUAGCUCUAAGUUCAUCUUUGGAGAGGAGUAUAGACGAAAGGUUUUCUUCAACUACGAGAAACGGUUGAGAUUGCGGAGUCCACCGGAGAAGGUUUUUGAGUAUUUUGCCUCUUUUCAAACCCCGGAAGGAGAAUUACUCAUGAGACCGGCUGAUCUAAUGCGGGCCAUUGUUCCUGUUUUUCCUCCUUCUGAAUCCCACCUUGUUAGAGAUGGAUAUUUGAGCGGGGAAAGGAGUCCGGGCGAGUUACGGUGUGAUCCUUCAGAACUUUUUAUGCUUUUUGAUAUGGACACUGAUGGACUUAUAUCUUUCAAAGAGUAUAUCUUUUUCGUAACAUUACUGAGCAUCCCCGAGUCAAGCUUCUCCAUAGCGUUCAAAAUGUUUGAUGUGGACAACAAUGAGGAGAUCGAUAAAGAAGAAUUUAAGAAAGUGAUGGCUUUGAUGCGAGCUAAUAACAGACAAGGGGCAGUCCACAGGGAUGGACUUCGCACUGGGUUAAAAGUUACUGGUUCUGUGGAGGAUGGAGGUCUAGUGGAGUACUUCUUCGGAAAAGACGGAAAGGCGCGCCUUCAACAUGAUAAAUUCAUUGAAUUCAUGCGAAAGUUGCAGGAUGAGAUUCUGAGAAUGGAGUUUGAUCACUAUGACUACAAAGUCCGAGGAAGCAUGUCAGCCAAGGAUUUUGCUUUAUCCAUGGUUGCUUCUGCUGAUAUGAGUCAUUUAGACAGGUUGCUUGAGCGGGUUGAUGAAUUAAACAACGAACCGCAUCUUAGGGAGAUUCGAAUCAACUUGGAUGAAUUCAAACAUUUUGCUGAGCUACGUAGAAAGCUACAGCCAUUUUCUUUGGCUCUUUUUAGUUAUGGAAAAAUUAAUGGUCUACUAACAAAGGAUGACUUCAAACGAGCAGCGUAUCACGUCUGUGGUAUAUCACUUACGGACAAUAUUGUUGAGAUCAUCUUCCAUGUGUUCGACACCAAUCGUGAUGGGCAUUUAAGCUCUGAUGAGUUCGUUAGAGUUCUACUUAAACGAGAACGGGAUAUUGCUCAACCUGUGGAGUCAGGAAUCUUUGGACUUUUAUCUUGCUGCUGGCAUUGCUCAAAUAAUAGCUCCAUUGGGCGGGUGAUCACAUAACCUUUCUUCACAUAUAGGAUUUCCAUCAACCUACAGACUUGACAUCUUUCCAAAAGGUCGAAGCUGUUAUCGGCUGGACCUAUAUUGCAGCUAUAGAACCUGCUCGUGAAUUGAAGCUGGGAAAUUAGCCACCACUCAACUUAUGAAGGCACUAUAAGUUAAUGUGGCUGUACCUGAUCUAGUAAUGCGCUGUGUUGUUUCUUAACUUAUCCGGCCAUCUGAGUACAUCUGCAUUAAGAUUUAGUCAUCGGUAUAUCUUGACAUCAGAAGCUGUUGGAAAUCGUGGUAAGAAUUUAGUUCAAAUUGAGGUUUAUGUUCUACAUUGCUGGAUAGAUUUUGUCCAACCAAUUCAACUGGUAUCGAAGAAAGAUUGAAUUGAUGCAAUAUCGGUUGAACCAAUAAAAAGCCGAUUGAAUCAGGCAAAAAAUUGGGAAAAAAAAAUCAUUUGGACUGAAUUUAAGUUAGUUUAAAUAUUUAAUUUUGUUGCUUUAGUUUAUAAAAUGAAUUUUCAUGUUUCUAUUAUUAUUUAUUUUUGUCUUAUUUUUCUGUUGAACUGGUUGUAACGGAAAUAAAUGAACUAAUCGGUUUAACUA